AUGCCGCCAAAAUCUAACCGUACCAGUGGCAGCGAGCCUAAUAGCAACGGGCAAAAUGGCAUAGAGCCAUCAGACACGACCAAGGCCGAAGACGAUGUACCGGCUUGUCAGUCUUGUCGCAAGAAAAAGGCGCGAUGCGAUCGCGCACAGCCAUGCUCUCAAUGUGUCCGGUUUAAGGUCACUUGCGUCUACGAUGACAGGAGAAUGAAGCCUGGUCUCCGCGCUGGUGCGGUUGACCAGCUCUAUCGCCGCGUCGAAACCCUCGAGAACAUGUUUCUUGGACAGGAGAUGCUGUGGCAACAAGUAUGGCAAGCGCUUCAUCCAGAUCCAUCUCUCCCAGAGCAAAUCAAAAACGCGACCGGCGGUACAGAUUUAGAACAGCGACGAAAACAGUUGAAAACCCGUUUGCUGGAACCUGUGCCUUAUACAGAGCGUGCAAAGGGACAACAAGUCCGGAUUGAAAGUAUGAAAGAUGUGGAGGCAACAACCUGCGCAGCAAAGCGCCGCCGACUAAAUGAGAACGCCUCUUCGACCCCUUCCAUCGACGUUGACGACGAUCUGACUGCGAUCUUGCCGCCCGACGUCAUGGAUGAGUUGGUUGAUUUUUACUGUGUCAAUAUUCACCCCUGGAUUCCGAUCCUACAUGUGGCCAAGUUUCGCGAGCGCAUACGAUCGCCGAAACAUCGCUCGCGAGUUGCUUGUAUUCUCCAUGCAAUUAUAGCAGUCUGCGCCCGUUUUUCACAAAGCGACUUCCUACAGAACGAAGACUUGAAAACACGAAUCGCCGUAAAGAGUCGCCAAAAAGUCAUUCUGAACAGUACGGAGUCUUUCUCUGUUGAAAAUUUGCAAGCUCUUAUCAUUCUUGCUUUCGAAACUAUCGGUCGCGGUCGCGGGCCUUCAUCAUGGUCAAUUGUCGGGAGCAUGGUGGGCACGGUAGAACAGCUGCAGCUGGGCGUCGAGGAGGAUGCACUUUACCGAGGCACAAAUCCAGGGGAAACUUUGAUUCGGCGCAUGGUCUUCCUGAGUCCCUCAAAUUCUUGGAGCGAAGCAGAGGAACGCAGGAGGGUUUUCUGGACCGUUUUCCUGAUGGACCGAUUUUGCAGUGUCUCUACCGGGUGGAAGAUCAGUCUAACAAGUGCCGAUGUGGAGCGCCGUUUACCAUGCGAAGGUGCUCUGUGGGAGAUGGAACAGGCAGUUGAAGCACCAUACUUUGGAAUUUCAGAUUCUAGGGACCAUGCAUCAAGUAGCUCUAUCCUUAACGGAAAUAGAGUAUCAGCAAAUGCGGAAGAUCAAGAUGCCAUCGGUGGUUUUGCCUACAAUAUCGAAGCCACCGAAUCACUCGCUUUGGUCACCAACUUUUUCCUCCAUCAUGCCUUCAUUGUCAGUGAUGCCGAAAAGGCGCAGGUAUGGCUUAUGAAGUUUAAAGAAUUGGAUUUGCGACUAAUCCAAUGGAAAAUGUAUCUACCUUCGAAGUGGCGGGAAGCUUCAGUUUUAAACAGAGAUGGAGUAAUGGACCCUAAUCUCACGCUGGCUCAUAUCACGCACAACACCGCUGUAAUACUUCUCCAUCAAGGAAUCGCGUAUCCUCCAGCUCAUUGGCAAGCCUGUCCUAUCAGGCUCCCAUCCGCUUCUUCUGCAGAAACCUGUUUAGAAGCAGCCUCUGAAAUCGCGACCAUUGGCCAUCAGUUUUUGACCUUCUCGCCAAUUUUUACGAACCCUCAAUUCUCGUUCUGUCUUUUUAUCGCGGGGAGAAUGCUUCUAGCUCAUGCGAAAUACAACAAAGUUUCUGUACCACCGGCGUUUGACACGCUAAUCGCAAGCCUCCUGGAAAUUUCCCAACGUUGGAUGGGAAGAAUCGAACCUUCAAGUUCACAUAAUGAGAAUCUUGCCUCCAGUCUUGCCAAGCGCCUGAUUGAGGCCCAAAAUAACUCAGGCGCCGCUCCUCGACCAAGUCUGGAUAUCCGCCAGACUGCAUACUCGGACGAAUCGAAAGGGCAACAUACAUUCGGAGCCUCGCCCUCACAAGGCUCGCUGUACUUUCCAAUGGCUGCAAAUGCAGUAUCUCCCGCAAGAUAUAUGAGCAGAGAGGGAUUUCAAAACUUGCCUAGUCUUGACCCGUUUAGUCUGGCGUUCCCACCUCUUCCUCAAGCCUUCCAACAAGACUUUCCCGUGUAUACAAGGUCCGAUUCCUUGUCAGUCUAUGCACACGCUACUGGGGAUCAAGCAUCUUCACCUGUGAUGAUGGAUCCUUCCCAACAAAAUUUCAACAUGUGGCACGGUUCAGGUAUAAAUUUCGGACAUGGCAUUGUCAGCCCUCAAGAGGACUUAUCGCAGGUUUUUAGCCUAACUCCAAGCCCCGGCCAAAGGAUCAGUCGCUAUGGCGGCGCACAAAUUGAGGGUCAAGUGGGGAAUGCCAAAAGUCCCAAUGUCUAA